AUGUCGGCCUCGCUUCCUGGUAAUCGCGCCUUGCCGGCUUCGCAGUAUGACCUGACCACGUACUGGGGUCGUGUUAGACAUGCUGCCGACUUGUCUGAUCCGAGAACCUUGUUCACCUCUCCUGCCGGUCUCGAGCAUGCAAAAGAUUUGGUCACUUCAUACAAGCAGGGCAAGACCCAAUCCAUGACUCCCGACUUGUGGACAGCAAAGAAGGUCAUUGAUGCAACUCUUCACCCUGGUAUGUUGAGAAGCACAUCCGACCUACUGGACAUCGCUAAUGUAGAAACUAAUANNGACACCGGCGAGAAGGUCCUCCUCCCCUUCCGCAUGUCUGCCUACAUCUUCUCCAACCUGGUCGUCACAGCCGGCAUGCUCACCNCCGGUCUCAGCACAGCCGGUACCUUGGGCUGGCAAGUCGCCAACCAGUCUCUAAACGUGGCCAUUAACUCCUCAAACGCCAACAAAUCAAUCNCCCUAUCCACCUCCACAAUGGUGCAAUCCUAUUUCCUCGCUGUCGGCGCGAGUUGCGGUGUUGCUCUUGGUCUCAACUCAAUUGUCCCUCGCCUGAAGCGUGUGAGUCCAAACACCAAGAUGCUCUUGGGACGAUUGGUGCCUUUUGCUGCUGUGGCUAGUGCGGGUGUGUUGAACGUGUUCCUUAUGCGUGGAGAAGAGAUUCGCAAGGGUAUCGAUGUUUUCCCCACCGAGACCGAAGCCCAAAAGCUCAAGCGUGAAGAAGCCGGUCAACCUCUGCAGUCGCUAGGAAAGUCGAAGAAGGCUGCUACUCUUGCUGUUGGCGAGACUGCCAUUUCCAGAGUCAUCAACGCUACACCUAUUAUGGUGUUGCCUCCUCUCUUGUUGGUUCGUCUGCAAAAGACUCAGUGGUUGCAGCAGAGACCGAGAAUGGUCACGCCUGUCAACCUUGGCUUGAUCUUCACAACCAGCAUUUUCGCAUUGCCUUUGGCUUUGGCUAUUUUCCCUCAGAGACAGGCUGUUAAGGUCGAUACUUUGGAGGCCGAGUUCCACGGCCGUGCUGGCGAUGACGGAUGUGUUGAGUUCAACAGAGGUAUCUAG